AUGGUAUCGGCACCUGAGACCAACGGCUACGCCCACACCAAUGGCCAUGCCAAUGGCGCGGCACCGAAGAGGAAGAUGAUUCUGAACGCCUUCGUUGAAAUGUGCAGCGGCCACCAAUCGCCAGGACUAUGGCGGCACCCGGACGACCAAUCGAUGAACUUCAACGACAUCGAGCACUGGGUGGAGCUGGCCAAGACGCUGGAGAGCGGCGGCUUCCACGCCAUGUUCAUCGCCGACGUGCUGGGCGGCUACGACGUGUACAAGAAGAGCCUGGACGAGGCGGUGCGGUCGGGCGCCCAGUGGCCCGUCAACGAGCCCAUGCAGGUCGUGCCCGCCAUGGCCGCCGCCACCAAGCACAUCGGCUUCGGUGUGACUGUUAGUACUACGUACGAGCAGCCCUACCACCUCGCCCGGCGGCUGAGCACGCUGGACCAUUUGACCAAGGGACGCUGCGGCUGGAACGUCGUAACCGGCUACCUCGACUCCGCCGCGCGCAACCUGGGCCGCGCCGCCCAACCCGACCACGACGACCGCUACGCCAUGGCCGAAGAAUACAUGGAAGUCAUGUACAAGCUCCUCCAAUCCUCCUGGCGCACCGACGCCGUCGCCCUCGACCGCGCGCGCGGCAUCUACACGCACCCGGAGCGCGUGCGCCCCAUCCACCACGAAGGCAAGCACUUCUCCGUCCCCGGCCCGCACAUCUGCCAGCCCUCCCCGCAGCGCGUCCCCGUCAUCAUGCAGGCCGGCACCAGCCGCGCCGGCACCGCCUUCUCCAGCAAGCACGCCGAGGCCGUGUUUGUGAGUGGGCACAGCCCGGCGAGCUGCGCGGCGGGCGUCAAGAGUAUUCGCGAGCAGGCGGCCAAGCACGGGCGCGACGCGCGCGCCAUCAAGGUGAUUGCGAAGGUGUGCAUCGUGCUGGGCCGCACGCAGGCCGAGGCGGAAGCCAAGUACGCCGAGUACGCCAGCUACGGCGACGUCGGCGGCGCGCUGGCGCUGUUCGGCGGGUGGACGGGCUACGAUAUGGACGAGUACGGCGACGACGAGGAGCUCAGGCUCGUCCAGACCAACGCGAUCCGCAGCUACAUGGAGGGCCUGGGCAAGCACCAGCCCAAGGUCGGCAAGUGGACCAAGAAGGUGCUGGCCGAGCACCUGAUCGUCGGUGGCCUUGGUGGGACGAUUGUCGGCACGCCUGAGCGCGUGGCGGAUGAGUUGGAGAGGUGGGUCGAGGAGGCGGAUGUGGAUGGGUUUAAUAUCGCCUACGCAAUCAUGCCCCAAUCCUUCACCGACGUCAUCGACCUCCUCAUCCCGGAGCUGCGCCGCCGCGGCACCUUCUGGGACGGCUACCCCUUUCCGCCCGGCACCACCCUGCGCGAGACCCUGUCCGGCGUCCGCGGCCAGAAGCUGCCCGCCGACGACCACCCGGCCUCGCGCUACCUCUGGAAGCCGCCGCCGCCGAGGCCGGAAUCCGCAGCCAAGUUGGCGUUCAGGGGGCUAGCUGGACUUAAUGGUGUUGGUGGUGGGGGAAGUGUGAAUGGUAGUGGUGUGAAUGGCGCCGUGGCGGUGAAUGGUCAUGGUGGUGACCACGCGGGGCUAGGUGGUGGUGGUGUGAAGGCGAAUGAUGGUGUUGUGCCGGCUAGUAGUAGGUAUGUGCCGGCUUGGUUGGAUAGCGGGUUUUGA